AUGUUUGGGAAGCCAGACAAAAUGGACGUUCGGUGCCACUCGGACGCCGAGGCUGCCCGGGUCUCCAAGAGCGCACACAAGGAGAGCCGUGAGAGCAAGGGCGCGGAGGGGAACCUGCCCGCCGCCUUCCUCAAGGAGCCGCAGGGCGCCUUCCCGGCGUCCGGCCCCGCCGAAGACUGCAACAAAAGUAAAUCCAAUUCUGCCGCCGACCCGGAUUACUGCCGCCGGAUCCUGGUCCGAGAUGCCAAGGGGUCUAUCCGAGAGAUCAUCCUGCCCAAGGGCCUGGAUCUGGACCGGCCCAAGAGGACUCGCACGUCCUUCACGGCGGAGCAGCUCUACCGGCUGGAGAUGGAGUUCCAGCGCUGCCAGUACGUGGUGGGCCGCGAGAGGACCGAGCUCGCCCGGCAGCUCAACCUCUCCGAGACCCAGGUGAAGGUCUGGUUCCAGAACCGGCGCACCAAGCAGAAGAAGGACCAGGGCAAGGACUCGGAGCUGCGCUCGGUGGUGUCGGAGACCGCGGCCACGUGCAGCGUGCUGCGGCUGCUGGAGCAGGGCCGCCUGUUGUCUCCUCCUGGGCUGCCUGCGCUGCUGCCGCCGUGCGCCACCGGCGCUCUGGGCUCCGCGCUGCGCGGACCCAGCCUGCCCGCCCUAGGAGCAGGCGCUGCCGCGGGCUCCGCUGCUGCUGCUGCCGCGGCCGCAGCCCCAGGUCCCGCGGGCGCUGGGUCUCAGCACCCGCCCGCCGUGGGCGGCGCUCCGGGCCCCGGGAGCACCGGACCGGGAGGACUGCACGCGGGAGCGCCAGCUGCUGGCCACGGCCUCUUUAGCCUGCCGGUGCCGUCGCUGCUCGGCUCGGUCGCCAGCCGCCUGUCCUCCGCCCCGUUGACAAUGGCUGGAUCGCUAGCCGGGAAUUUGCAAGAACUCUCCGCCCGGUACCUGAGCUCUUCGGCCUUCGAGCCCUACUCCAGGACCAACAAUAAAGAAGGGGCCGAGAAAAAAGCACUGGACUGAUCCUGUCUCCCCAUAUUUAUAUUUAUAGUAUCUAUUGUGGUGAUAUUUAUGGACACGCAUUAGGCGCCCGGGGCUCCUGUGCUGGGCUCCCGGCUCGCAGCAGGCCUCCGAAACCUCGCUCUCCCCUUCUCAUCAGGCUCUGCCUCCGAAUCCGUCUCUUUUGGGCCAUUUUUAUUAUUUUUAUUUUUAUUUUUUACCUUUCCUUCCCUGUCUUCCUCCCCGCCCCUUCCCAUCCCCAAACUUUUUUUUCUGCAAUUCAGGAGCUAUCCAAAGAAUUCAGGGGAGAAAUGCCUGAAUUAGCCAACCCGUUGCCCCCAGCCAGUGCCCAGCCCUGGAGGGCCAAGUGUGGGUUUGCAGUCUAGAGUUCCGGACACC